UACUUAUAUACUGAUUUCUUCUUCUUGGACUAGAGCUUUUCAUUUUUUCCCCACUGGUUGGACUCAAUAUACUUCUGUUUAGAUUGUCUCAGUGCCGAGCACACUUUUCUUCACAUUGGAUACUCUCUGUGUAGAGCUUUCAUGCCUUCAGAUACUAGAGCUUUGUUGGAUGGUUCGCUGUGGCCUGUGGGCUGCCACGUGUCUAAUGAGUUGUGAAAGGGAGCAACCAUGCCUCUCAUAAGUGAAAAUGGGGAUCCAAAUAAGCUUAAGGGAAAGUAUGCUGCAAUGUUGGUUUGUUGGCUUCUCGGAAAUGGGUGCCUUUUCUCGUGGAAUAGUAUGCUUAAGAUUGAAGAUUACUAUGCUACCUUAUUCCCACGAUACCACCCCUCGAGGGUCCUCUCUCUUGUAUAUCAACCGUUUGCACUUGGAGUGCUUGCAAUCCUGACAUACAAAGAGGCAAAAAUCAAUACUAGGCGAAGGAACCUAUUUGGAUAUACCCUAUUUUUCAUAAGCUCUCUUUUGGUUCUUGUUUUGGAUUUAGCUACAUCUGGGAAAGGGGGAAUUGGAACUUAUAUCGGAAUAUGUUUUAUUAGCGGUGCUUUUGGAGUUGCGGAUGCUCAUGUUCAGGGUGGAAUGGUUGGAGAUCUCUCAUACAUGCUACCCGAGUUUAUUCAACCUUUCCUUGCUGGUUUGGCUGCAUCCGGGGCUCUGACCUCUGGCCUGAGGUUGAUUACAAAGGCAGCAUUUGAGAAUUCCAGGGAUGGCCUGCGCAAGGGAGCUAUUUUAUUCUUUGCUAUCUCUGCAUUCUUUGAACUGCUCUGCGUUCUUCUCUAUGCAUUUGUAUUUCCAAAGCUUCCAAUUGUAAAGUAUUACCGCUCAAAGGCAGCAUCAGAAGGAUCCAAAACUGUUUCAGCUGACCUUGCUGCUGGUGGCAUUUAUGCAGAACCAGUACAAGAAGCUGAGGAAGACCCUAAACGACUCGAGCGACUAAGCACCAAGGAAUUGUUGUUUAAAAACAUGGAUUAUGCACUUGACAUGUUUCUGAUUUAUGCUCUGACAUUGUCGAUUUUCCCUGGAUUUUUAUCUGAAGAUACUGGAUCACAUAGAUGGGGCGGAUGGUAUGUACUUGUUCUGUUAGCAAUGUAUGACGUGUGGGAUCUUAUCGGGAGAUACAUACCACUUGUAAAAUGCAUGAAGUUGGAAUCGCGGAAAGGACUUACUAUUGCAAUUCUUUCUCGCCUCCUUCUUGUCCCGGCCUUCUAUUUCACAGUCAAAUAUGGCGACCAGGGUUGGAUGAUAAUGCUUACAUCCUUCUUGGGGUUAACUAAUGGUUACCUCACUGUCUGUGUCCUGACUUCUGCUCCAAAAGGUUACAAGGGACCGGAGCAAAAUGCAUUGGGAAAUAUACUUGUGCUGUUUCUUCUAGGGGGGAUAUUUGCAGGGGUGACACUUGACUGGUUGUGGCUCAUAGGGAAAGGUUGGUGACCAUUUUUAUUCAAGUUUAAUCUCUAGCUAGCGAUUUUUUGUCGCCCCCCUCCUUUCGACAGCACAAAAUGAAUAAUUACAAUUUGUAAAAUCUCAAUUCUCGAAUCAAAGAAAAAGUAGUGGUACGAGAGCCAUGUUUAGAACAAGGUGGAAGAAGUGUUGCUCCAAUUUAUACUUGUAUAAGUACGUGAAACGGAAUAAUUAAAAACAUGCUCACAAGCGUUUGUGUAUUGUGUUUCUUUUUGUGCUAGAUAGACAAGUUAAUUGUCGAACGUAUUUUGAGUCGAAAA